AUGGCUCUCCUUCAUCUCUUUUGGCAAGACCGAGAGCUUCCCGCUCUCGGUCAGAGAGAGUUAGUCUCGGUUCUUCUCGCAACAACACUUCUAUUGAUUUUCUACCGCGCCUUAAGUUCUGUCUAUUAUCGAGCUUUCCAUCCAUUGUCUCAAUUUCCAGGCCCUCCAGGAGCUUCCACGUCGAGACACUGGGUGUAUCGAGUGACUGAUCGUGGCUUUCCCGAAGAGGACUUCGAGAGACUACACGAGAAAUAUCAAACGCAUGCGCUACGCAUUGGACCCAACGAGCUGCAUGUCAGCGAUGUUCAGCAGUACAAGGUCAUCUACAGCCAGAGCAAGCCAUUUCCCAAACAUGCCACGUUUUACGAAGCGUUCAAUACUCCCCAUACGGUCUUCACGGAAAUCGAUACAGGCAUGCAUAAGGAACGACGUCGAUUACUUAACCCUUUGUUCUCGCGAGUUGGAGUAUUCAAACUCGAGCCGGUGAUUCACGAAAAGGUUGGAAUUAUGCUGAAAAAGAUUAACCGUCUAAAAGACUCUCAAUCCAUCAACGUCUAUGAUGCUUUCAGAUGUCUCACAACUGAGGUCAUCAUGGAGUUCGCCUUUGCCAAAUCGGCCAACAUGUUAGAGGAAAAUGAAACUACAUUCGAGUCAUGGUUUCUUACGGCAUUUGAUGCCGUUUCCGGAAGUCUCUGGAAAUUGCAGGAAUGGCCCCUGGUACGCAGAGCUCUAUACUUUGUGCCGAUCGAUUUUGUUAGUUUGGUCGAUUCACAGAUUGCAUAUGUAGCUCGAAUGCUGAAGUUCGCAGAAAGUUGUCUCCAGCAUUACACCAUUCAUGGCAAUACAACAUCACAUCCGGUCGUUUUUGACAAUCUUUCCUCCGUGCCGUAUGACCUUAAAGUCACGGAAGCAUUGGAUGUGCUGAUCGCUGGUGCUGACACGACUGCGUCGACUCUCACGGCCGGAAUACUCCAUAUCCUUUUAAAUCCCGACAUCCAUGAUAAGCUACGGCAAGCUCUCAAUGAUACAGAAGAUCCUCUCGGGUCCCAGCUCUUGGAAUUGGAGAAGAUCGACUACCUGACCGCUUGUGUCAAGGAGUCAUUGAGAAUCGGGAUGGCAGUCCCCGGACGUCUACCACGAGUGGUCCCUCACGAUCUUCCACAGCCUUUCGUUGUUGACAAUAAAGUCAUUCCGCCAGGAACUGUCGUUUCAAUGUCCGCCUACACAAUGCACACAAACGAAGACGUUUGGGGACCUGAUGCACGAACGUUCAAUCCUGAUCGCUGGUUACAACCAGAGUCCAAGGGUCUCGACCAGUAUCUAUGCACGUUUUCCAAAGGAGCUCGGAUGUGUAUUGGCCAAAAUGUGGCAUAUGCUGAGAUCACAAUCGUGAUGGCAUACCUAUUCUAUAAUUUCGAACUCAGCCUACCACAGAAUUUUGUUCCUCCACAACGUCGAGAUCUGUUUACUAUGGAAUAUUCGCCGCCGGGGUUGCCGAUCCAUUUCUCAGGCUUGAAAAAAGAAUGGAGUCCAGAAUGGACCAGCCAGUAA